UGAUUCGUUUGAUUCAUUUGAACAAACCGCCAUUUCAUAUCAUAGAAAAAAGUGCACAUUGAAAUUCCUUGAAAAAGAGACCCCGAUUGCUUCUACUCCGUUUAAAUUGUUGAACUACAAAGCAACGGUCGAGAAAAACGACACUAUUCUUAGCAGGGACAACCUAGUGAUGUCAGCAAUCGAAUUUAAUAAUAAUUCCACUCAUACUUAUUUCGAUGGACAACCUGGAUUGAAAAUAACCGAUCAGAAUACCGUGGAAAAACGAGUGGACGCAAUACCAGUAGUAGAUCUAGAGUCUCCUCGCGUAUCGCCAAUUAAUAUAAUAGACGUAUCAUGGAGUAAUAUGUUUGAUACAGAUUUAUUUCAGGAUAGCAUUGAUCAACUUCAUAAUAAUGAAAGCAGUAAAGAAUGCUUGACAACUAUUGGAGACAAGGAAAAUGUUAUUUUGGUUGAACCAGAGACAGUCGUUGAAACAUUUAAAAAACCUAACAUCAAACGGAAGAAAUCCGAUAACUUAACUAAACCCAAACCUAAGAAAGAGAAAAAGCUUACCGCAUCUAAUAGUAAGAAUAUUAAAAUUUCUAGAGAAGAAAACUUUAAGAAAGUGGUUAAGCAUUGGUUAAAUGACGUUGAAAGUAAUUCAUUACUCAAUAUUGCUGAACCAGAUACUACAGAGCAGAUUCUAAUAAACGAUAAGGAAGAAAGUGAUAAAGUUGUUCAUCCUAAAAUUAGUAUAUCCAAAGAAAAAACAAAGAAAAGGGUUGUUCAAGCACAGUUAGCGAAUAAAGAGGGGAAGAUGAAGUUCCGAAAACCAACAAAUGAAAAUGCCAAUGACGACAAAGAAGUUACUGCUAUUGAUGAUAAGCGAGGCAAAGACUUCAAAGAGGUAAUAAAAGAAAAAAAGAAGAGCAAGUUUGUGGCUCCAAUAAAAUCUCAAACUCCUGUUAAAGAUCAGACUUUCGAAAUUCUGAGCUUAGAUUCAAAUAACUUGGAAAUACACGCUAACACAUUGACUGACAUAGCAAAUACCGACGUUUUCCUGGUGAUAACUUAUAGAAACGGUUUCUGCCAGUUGAACUGUAACUACACCGAAGAUUCUUGUGUUUCCGAAGGGAUACUAAUUCAUGCGAAUGAUGUCUUCUUCUUUUUUAAAACUUUUGAUUCGAUUCACUUACGAACGUUACUAGCAAAAGUUUUGGAAGCUAAUACGAUCGUCUGUUUUGAUGGCAAAAGUGCUUUAAUUUUCUUGUCUCUCCUGGAUAUCAAUGUGAAGCCUUUAGCAAUAUGUGACACAAAGAUUGGAGGAGCUCUCUUAGACCCCGACAAUCCGCCCGAGUCGUUCGCGGACUUGCAGAAGCUGGUGUCUCACGCGGCCGAGUACACCAUCGCCACCGACUGCGCCCUGCAGAAGGCAGCCUGGUACACGACGCUGCUGAGAGAAACCACCUCGAAGCUCAGAGACCUACUGAUCGAACACUCUUUGACGAAUAUCUUUGACAACGUGGAAAUGCGGUUGUUGCCCAUUAUUGCGGACAUGGAACGCCGGGGCGUGUACGUGGACAUGGAACAGCUGAAGUCGAUGGAGCGUGUCCUGGAGGCGAAGAUGAAAGCGGCCGAGCAGGAGUGUCACAAGGCCGCAGGGAAACAGUUUCAGGUAAACUCUCCGCUUCAGGUGCGCGCGCUGCUAUACGACGAGCUAAAACUGGACGAGAAGUGCAAUGUUAAGAUCAGCGCGACACUCGCCAAGGGAGCAAAGUCAACUUCCGAGGCUACUUUGCGGAGCCUAAUGUCCGUGCACCCGCUCCCCAAGUGGAUCCUGGAGUACCGGCGCCUGCACAAGGCUCACGCCACCUUCCUCACUGGCAUCGCCCAGCAUGUUAAAGAUGGAGUCGUCAAACCAACUUGGGUACAGACGGCAGCUGCAACGGGACGGAUUGCCUCCAACAACCCUAACUUGCAGGCUAUUCCCAAAGCACCAUUUAACCUCAUCAUGUUUCCAGAAUCCGAGGAUGUAGUACCAACUCACAAAUCCCUCCGCCACCCAUGGUUCUUCCUUCUGCCUCACGGCGCGGCGUAUGAACCGAAUCUCGGGAGAGCGCGCGAGUUCUUGCUCGAGCGAGGCUCCUUUCCCCGGGCGCCUUGCUGA